CCAAUCCGCAAAAUCCACUCUAAUGGGAGCCGUUUCUGGCGCCCCGCUAACCGUCACAACUUAUACAUUCGAAUUUUUCCUUCUUAGCGCACAAUUUGCUUCAAGUAAUCCCCUAAUAACACAGCUUCAAUUCUCUCUUUUGUCUCACGAUAUGGAUUUCCCGAUUGCGGCAAACGUUCUUGGUACCAUAGGCGCCGUUUGCUGGUCUAUCCAGCUGAUGCCCCAAAUAAUUGUCAAUUACCGACGACACGACACUGAAGGUCUACAGCCAUCGAUGAUGAUAUUAUGGGCUGCUGCCGGUGUCCCUCUUGGGGUAUAUAAUAUCGUAGAAGAACAGAAUAUCGCGCUCCGAAUCCAGCCACAGAUACUAUCUUUUCUGAGUCUUGUCACCUGGGCGCAGUGCUUCUAUUACGGACGAAAACGGUCAAUUUUCGCAUGUAUCGCGGCAGUUGUCCCACUACUUGGAAUCCUGGGUGGAAUCGAAACCGCAUUGAUAUUCGCACUAUGGGCCGCCAAAGGCCGUGAUCUUGAAUGGCCGCUUAUCCUAACGGCUGUUCUCAGCGCCUGUUUACUUGCAGCGGGUGUGUUGAGGCAUUACUAUGAUAUAUACGUCCAUCGAACCGUUCGCGGAAUCAGCUUUAUAUUCGUUGGAAUUGAUGCCGCUGGGGACUUAUUCUCUCUGAUCUCUGUUUUAUUUGGACGAAGCAUCGAUGUAUUGGGUAUGGUCAUAUACGGAACCGAACUUGUACUCUGGAUAGGGGUAUUUAUCUGUGGGGUGACUUUCAAUUUCGUGCCUUGGCUAAGGGAACGUUCGAAAAAGCGGGAACAGAACAGAGAGCAGGAACAAGAUGUGGUGCUUCACCCAAUGCCGUCUUCGACUUCGGUGUUCCGGACUGCGUCCGGGUCCGAUGUGGUGAUGAGGAGAGCGCCUCACCAUCGAUCCUGAAACUAAAAGUUCGUUUAUUUGGCUCUCUCAUAGAAAUAUGAAAAGAACCCGAAGAUGAAUAACAUAUUUUCGAUGCAUGUCUAUAAUGCUUUUCUUACGUACAUAGUUUGAUGAUAGACGCCAAUUAUCUGGAUAUAGCCC